AAAUGAGCGUGCUAAACUUUGCGCAAGAGUUUUCGCGUCUAAUCAAUCGUUACACAAGAACCGCUUCACCGCAUAACGAUGCCAUCACGCCUUUAACCGAAGAACAAAUAGUGUCUACUAUACAUCAUGUGCUUCUGGUACUCAUAAAAAAGGACUUUGACAAGAAUAAUCCGUUACAAAUAUGUGAUAGCGCAAGCGCUGCUACCACUCUAGAAUCUUCGGUCGUACAGAUGAAACAGGAACCUAAGGUUGAGGAUGUUUUUAUAUUUAGAUUUCAAGAUGUUCGAUCUGUUACUACGGAUGAGGAGUCUUCUUCUUUUUCUGAUAUCUCAUUAAAAGAUAUUAAAAAAGAACGUGAGAAUUCUUUCAAUACGUUGCAAAAGGAUAAGAAGUUUAUUUCACAAUCGAAUCCUUCGAUUUACGUUAGCAGCAACAUUAGCAGAUCUGAUACUUUUGUUCGCGAGGAACACUCGAAGGAAAUUAACAACGAGGUUUUUAAAGAUUUCACAGAUGCUGAAAGAAUUGGUGAAACAGAUUCAUCAAGUGAUUUUUAUCAAGUAUCAUUGAACGAAAUACAAAAGUCUGAUAUAUCAAGUGAUCUUUUUCAUAUAUCAUUGAAUGAAAUACGAAAGUCUGUUAUGAACAUUAUGGCAAAACUGAAUCAUUUAGAACACUCAUUUUUACAAUUGACAAAAUCACCAAAAGAAGUUACGCCAAGAACUAAAAAAUCAUCUUUAAUUAAUAGCUAUUCCAAUUCCAGUGGCAUUUCAGUUAAGACCAGAACAUCGGCUAACAAUCACAAACCAAGUACUACUUCCCCUAAAACACCAAAUUCGUCUAAACAGCACGCAAUGAAAGAUAGUAUUUUCGAGAGACGUAAAAGUGUUGGCGCAAUUGCAAAUGUUACGCCUGUUAAAAAAUCUAACGAAUCUACAAAAGUAUGCCACUCAGUAUCAAAUGUAGAUUUAUCACCGUAUAAACCAGUGGGUUCAUCCGAUUAUCGGCCUAAGUUUACGAAAAAUCCAAAAUACGCCCAUGUACGAAGCACUAUACCAAAAGCAAUCAGUCAAAAGAAGAAGCUGUAG